GCGCAAGUCGAAGAAGCGGCGCAGCGCGGUAGUGCGGCGUGGUGACCGGCUGCAGCGUGAGACGGCAGACGAGAAGGGUAGAGAAGGGAAGGAUAGGGAAGGGAAGGGAAGGGACGAACUCUGAAGGUGCCGCCGCCGGACACGUACGUCGCGGCGGAGCGUGUGUGCGCGACAACUCCGGUGGACGGCAGAGAGGGAUCGCCGGAGGAUUUUCGUUAUGUAUCGAUUUACCAAGUAAAUACUCUUUCCUCGCGCGUAAAAACGAGGCGGCGAAUGGAGCACGCGGAAUGAGAGUCUGCGGCACCGGUUACGAGACAGUGAGAAGACAUGGAAGUCGCGGUGAUAGAAGUUCUACGACAGGCGAUCAGUCAGGACCCCAACGUCCUGAAGUCUGCGGAGGAAACGCUGAGGCAAUGGGAGACUCAGCAAGGAUUUUAUAUAGCGUUAUAUAAUGUUCUUUCAAAUCAUUCCUUGGCUAUUGAAGUGAGAUGGAUGGCUGUAGUAUAUCUCAAGAUUGGAGUCGAAAGAUACUGGAGGAAAAAUGCACCAAAUGCAAUCGAAAACAAUGAGAAGGAAUUUCUACGACAGCAUCUGCUUAGAAAUUUUGAUGAACCUAUGAGUCCAUUAGCUAUACAAUUAGCAGUUCUUAUUUCCAAAAUAGCAAGGUAUGAUUGUCCCAGAGAGUGGAAUACGCUGGUACCAACAUUGUUGGAAGUUAUAAGACAAGAAAAUCCAUUGGCACAGCAUCAGGCAGUGCUAACAUUGCAUCAUGUUGUCAAGGCUUUGGCAUCUCGACGCUUAUUCGAUGGCCAGAGGAUCUUCCGAGAGUUGGCUGCACCUAUGUUCAAUUUUAUUCUAAACCUAUGGAAUACUUAUACCGAAUCCUUCCUGAUAAUGGCAUCUAAUGGGGCAGACAACAGCCAGACACGAGAAACCUUAGAUAAAGCACUUCUACUAUUAAGAAUACUUAGGCAACUGAUCGUAAAUGGUUUUACUAAGCCAUCCGAAUCUCAAGAUGCCAUGUUGUUUUUGAAAAUCGUUUUCGAGCGUGCAAGGACUUGCCUUGAGUGCCGAAAAACUUUAGCUUCUAGAGGAGUACAAGUGGAUGUGUACGAAAAGUUUAUAAUACAUUUGACCAAAGUUUUAUUAGGAGUCUUAGAAAUGCAUCCAUUUUGCUACGUGGAACUCAUACCGACUUCUUUAGAGUUCUCCGUUUUUUACUGCUUCACAGAAGCUGGCCAAGCGUUAGCAUUUGAAAGAUUUAUUAUUCAGUGUCUAAAUUUAGUAAAGAUGAUUUUAUUAUCGACGAGUUACAGACCAGCUAAAGUUAUUGAAGAGACGAAAGACCCAUUGGUUUUGAGAGCGUGCCAAUUAAGACAAGAAUUUUUUACACCGGACACAUUAACGGAGAUUUGCUCCAGGCUUGUCACGCAUUACUUCAUUUUAACGUCUGCAGAUCUUGAAAUGUGGGAUACUAAUCCAGAAAAUUUUGCUAUUGACGAUGGUGGAGAAUCAUGGAAAUAUAGCUUGAGGCCUUGCACAGAAUCCUUAUUUUUGGCGAUCUUCCAUCACUUUAGAGAUAUUCUUGCUUCAGUUCUGGUUGAUUUGAUGCGGCAGCAUCAUCAACCUGUUGAUCCUAACAACUUACCUGCAAUUCUAGUGAAAGACGCAGUCUACCGUGCGGUUGGUCUGGCUGCAUUCGAUUUAUAUGACGAGGUCAAUUUUGAUCAGUGGUUUUCGACAACUUUAAAAGAAGAAUUAAAGACUCGAAAUAACAAUUAUAGAAUUAUUAGAAGACGUGUGUGUUGGUUAAUUGGUCAAUGGACAAAUAUUAAAUUAAGUGCGGAAUUAAGACCGGAGUUAUACAAGCUUAUGACGGAAGCGUUGAACCCCGAGGAAGACUUGGGAGUUCGUUUAGCAGCGAGCAACGCCUUGAAACUUGCGAUCGAUGAUUUUCAAUUUAAUUCGGAGGAGUUUUCACCUUUCUUGGAGCCAAUCUUUCUUCGACUUUUCGCGCUUCUUAAAGAAGUAAACGAAUGUGAUACAAAGAUGCAUGUGCUGUACGUGCUGUCUUUCAUCAUCGAGCGUGUUGGUAGUGAAAUCAAGCCUCACGUUGGUGCACUCGCCUCGUAUUUACCUGAACUUUGGCAGCAAUCUGAGAUAUACAAUAUGUUGAGGUGUGCCAUAGUAUCAACUCUAAUACACUUGGAAAAGGCUUUAGGUUCCGAGAGCGUUAUUCUGGAGCCAUUAGUGGUAGGCGUCGUGGCUUUGAGUGUCGAUGUUAAUCAAGAAGGACACGUUUAUUUAUUAGAAGACGGAUUGGAACUGUGGGUAGCCUUACUGGAAAAUACGCCUUCUCCGACGCCAGCUAUAAUGGAUCUCUUCAGAAAUAUGCCAGCAUUAUUGGAUCAAUCCACAGAAAAUCUACGUUUAUGUUUGUACAUAAUUCAGGUGUACGUAUUACUGAAUCCACAAGAUUUCUUUACUCAAAGAGGAUCAGUGAUUAUUGAAUCGCUGAAGACGCUUUUCAGUGAUUUGAGGACGGACGGUAGAGUGAUGACACUGAGAUUAUUUGAAAUUUGUCUUAGAGCUUCUCCUCAACAGGGUGCAGAAUUAUUAAAGCCCAUUUUGCCAAGGAUAUUCGAGAGAGUUUACAAUGUCGAAACACAGGCAUCGACCAUGGCUAUGUAUAUGUCUAUAGUCGCGAGAGUUUUAUUAAGUUCCCGUGAUAUUUUUGUACAGGCAAUCAGCGAUCUAGCACAGAGUUUAGGAAACGAAAUAAGAGAAGACGUUGUACUUGGAAAACUUGUACACAGUUGGGUCAAUGCGAUGUCUUUGGUGGCACAGACUGAAAGGCGCAAACUACUGGCCCUUGCGCUCUGUUCUCUCCUCGGUGCAAACAGUCCACCAACGGUUCUCGAAUGUUUCCCGCACAUAAUAUCAAAUAUUGUCGAAACACUUAACGACAUCACCAAGUUUGAUGAUAUGGGUUACCCUGUCGAUUCUUUAAUGAUUACCGAUCAAUCCAGUCCUUCACAUUACGAGAAUGUGGAUUAUGAAACUGAGCAUGCUCAACGACAGAAGAGACUUGUCUUCAGUGAUCCUGUACACAGUAUAUCUUUAAAAGAUACUUUACAAAGUCAGUUGGUCACGUUGCGAAGUAUAGUUGGGGAUCAGCAGUUUGACCAAUUGUUGAGUACUCUUAACUCCGAGAUCGAAGAACAACUCAAGGAUUACAUAUCGCUGUAAGGAAGAAGCAAGAUCAAAACACGUUGCAGGAUGUUUCGACAAAUGCUACAUAACGUAUGAAGCUUUCGGCGCUCCAUUGUAAAACGGUACUAUUUUAUUGUAUAAUAUUACCAUCUGUUUCAUUAUGUACUAAUAAUGAUAAUAAAAGUAAUCUUUGGCCUUGUUUGUUUCUGAA